CAGGCGGGCUAGCGCUGAAUUGCGCCAUCGUCCCUGGGGUCGACAGCCCCACAUUGUCGGCUUCUCGAAGCUUGAGGCCUUUCAAUGUUGUAAUCCGUUUCGAGGAGCCGCAUCCGAUGGCCAUUGUCCUUGAAUUUCUAAAACGAAGUUCUCAGUCGAGCUUCGAUUUCAUAUUGUCAUCUUCAUAGCAAAUUGAAUUCUACUAAGGAGCAAUUCCACAGGCCCCUUCAGGCAGUGCGCAAGAUUUCGUCCACCAUGUUCCGACACGGCGCUCGAAGCUUUGCGACUAGCGCUCGCUACUGGGCGGCGGCGGCCGAACCAACCCAGCAUCUCGUUGGCGUGUCCAAGGCGCAAGGGAUAGCCAAAGGCUUGACAGGAGCCAUCGGUAACACCCCGCUGAUCCGCCUCAAUCGGCUUUCUCGCGAGACCGGCUGCGAAGUGCUUGGCAAGGCCGAGUUCAUGAAUCCCGGCGGCUCAGUCAAGGACCGGGCCGCGCUGUACGUUGUCAAGGAUGCCGAGGAGCGUGGCCUGCUGCGACCGGGGGGUACCGUGGUCGAGGGCACGGCGGGCAACACGGGUAUCGGGCUAGCGCACGUCUGCCGCAGCCGAGGCUACAAGCUGGUCAUCUACAUGCCCGACACGCAGUCGCAGGGCAAGAUUGACCUGCUGCGGCUGCUCGGCGCUGAGGUGUACCCCGUGCCCGCCGUCGCCUUCGACAACCCGCAGAAUUAUAACCACCAGGCUAAGCGGCACGCCGAGCGCCUGGACAACGCCGUGUGGACGAACCAGUUUGACAACGUGGCGAACCGGCGGGCUCACAUAGAGACGACGGGACCCGAAAUCUGGCAUCAGACGGCCGGUAAGGUGGACGCCUUCACAUGCGCCACCGGCACCGCAGGCACCCUGGCAGGGAUUACCCGCUAUUUGAAGGACGUCUCGGGCGGCAGGGUCAAGAGCUUCCUAGCCGAUCCUCCCGGGAGUGUGCUGCACUCGUACAUCAGCUCCGGCGGUAAACUCAUUGAGCGCACGGGGUCGAGCAUCACUGAGGGCAUUGGCCAGGGGCGUAUAACCGAGAAUCUCAAGCCCGACGUGGAGCUGUUAGAUGGGUCGUUGCAAAUUAGCGACGAAAAGAGCAUCGAAAUGGUGUACAGAUGUCUGGACGAGGAGGGUCUUUACCUUGGGGCGAGCUCCGCCCUGAACGUGGUCGCUGCCAAGGAGGUGGCAGAGAAGCUGGGCAAAGGCCACACUGUUGUGACGAUCCUCGCCGACGGGGCGUACCGAUAUGCUGACAGGUUAUUCUCAAGGAAAUGGCUCGAGUCGAAGAAGCUGCUGUCGGCCAUCCCUGAGCACCUGCAAAAGUACAUCGUCCUGCCAUAGCCAGCCAGCAUUGCCAAUAUUCUUACAGAUAGAUAUCUAUAUGUAUAAUGUACAUCAACUGCAACAUUCAAUACCCUGCAGGACCUGGCUACGCCUCCUCCUCCUCCUCCUCCU